CCGGCAGCCAGAUAGAAGACUUGAUAUCGAGAGUGAGAGAAAGAAGGAAGGACAACUGUAAGAUUAGAAAUAUAAGUAAACACCAUCCUUUUUUGAAGAAGAAAAACGCAAACCAGAAUCACCCAGGACCAGAGAGAAGAACGUUGUUAUGGAAUGCGAAGGGUUGGUGACCCCCAAAAUGGAGGAGCAGCAUUUGCACUGCACGAACUGUGUCAGCCGACGCUGUAUGGCUAGACCAGAGACUGGUGUUUCUUGUGACCUAAUUGGUUGUCCCUUGGUUUGCGGAGCUGUUUUCCAUUCAUGUAAAUUAGACGAGCAUCGUCUUUUGUGCCCUCUUGAAAGAGUGCCUUGUUUGAACAAUGGUUUUGGGUGCCCGUUUACAAUCACUCGGAGCAAAAUUGCUGAGCAUCUUGAAAUUUGCCCAGCCAGUGUGGUCUGCUGUACAAUGGAAUGGAACCGGUGGCCAGUGAGUUAUUCAGAUCGAAAAUCUUAUGAGAACUUUAGCAAGGAUGUUGAUGAAGUAGAACAGCUCGAUAUGGCUUUAGCACUACAGGACCAGCGAAUGCUGCUAGAGUCACUUAAAGUGGCAACUAUGAUGUCAAAAACUGGUGAUAAACAGCCUCUUGCUAGUGAAAAGAUACCUGUGAUGUCAAGUAUACCUGAAGACCAACCUUCAAAUGGAUUAAUUGCAAUGGAUGAGGAGUCCUAUAAUGAACUUUACCAAGCUACGGUAGAGACAACCAGAAGCUUGGCUGCAGCCCUGGACAUCCUCAGCAAUGCAACAAGGGAUAUGGACUUAAUCAAUGGAAGACUUCGAGAGGAUCAGUCUGAAAGGAAUGGAGAAGUCUAUGUAGAAGAAGUAAACGUUUUAGACAUGCAGAAUAUUGAGAUGAAAGACCAUGAUGAUGAGUUUGACUGUGAACUGGGUGCAGUUGGUGGAUUGGAUCAUGAUAUUGUUACAGGAGGUGUGAGUGAGAAGAUCUGGGCAGAGCAAAAUGGAUUCAUUGACUUCUUAGAAGUAGAGGAGGAAGGAAUAAUAAACACAGAUGAUUUGAAAUUAAAUGCAUCUCUUUGUAAUGGUUUUCACAAUGUAGAUGCAUGCCAAGCUAACCUGGAACAAGAUGAAAUGGAUUUAGAUGCAUCUGAAUCAAAGCACUCUGAAAUAAAUGGGUCCUGGGAGGUAAGCGGGUCUGAAAGUAAGCCAGGAAUGCCUUUUCAUUCAUCGCUUGUUGUAUCACCCCAGCCUUCCAGUGCCCAACCACCAGGACCAGUUCCUGACAGCUUGCAAAAUAGUGCACUUCAACACUUGCCUAUUGACUUCGGUGACAGAAGGUUGGAGCGCAAGGCACAUAACCUCCAAGUACUAAGAAGUAUGGGCAUGUUUACAUUUAAUGCACGGAGAGGGUUGUUUGCUGCAAAAAUGGAAGACAAAGCAGUUGACACAUCUGAUCUGGAAGUUGCAGAGGAUCCCUUGGGCCUUCAUGGAAUUGAUCUUAUUACAGCUGCCUUGUUGUUUUGCCUGGGAGACUCACCAGGUGGCAGAGGAAUUUCUGACAGUAGAUUUGUCGAUGGAUAUCGCAUUGAUUUUGGGACCCAGACCUUUUCAUUUCCUUCUGCUAUUUUGGCUACAAACACCAUGGUUGGUGAAAUAGCCUCAGCCUCUGCCUGUGAUCACGCAAACCCUCAGCUUUCGAACCCAAGCCCUUUCCAGACACUCGGGCUGGACCUAGUUCUGGAAUGUGUGGCUAGAUACCAAACCAAGCAACGAUCCAUGUUUACUUUUGUUUGCGGGCAGUUGUUCAGAAGAGACGAGUUUUCUUCUCACUUUAAGAAUGUGCACGGGGACAUUCAUGCUGGCUUGAAUGGCUGGAUGGAGCACAGGUGUCCCCUUGCUUAUUAUGGCUGUACUUACUCCCAGAGAAGGCUCUGCCCCUCGGUGCAAGGUUCUAAAAUUAUUCAUGAUCGGCACCUCCGGUCAUUUGGAGUCCAGCCUAGUGUGCCCACACCUUUAUCUGCACCUGUUUUAUUUAACACUUGUCCCAUUGAUCCUCAGUGUGACCAUCUGAGUAAUCUUCCCUUUGAAGUUCUUCAGCAUAUUUCAGGGUUUCUUGAUGGCUUUAGUCUUUGUCAGCUGUCGAGAGUAUCCCGGUUGAUGAGGGAUGUAUGUUCCAGUUUGCUUCAGGUCCGUGGAAUGGUCAUCCUUUUGUGGGAGAAGAGGCAAUACCCAAGUGGAACUUCUUCGUGGAAAAUAAAAGACAAGGUGUGGAGAUUCAGUACUGCUUUUGGCACAGUGAAUGUCUGGAAGUUUGCUAACAUCACCAGCAUGGCUGACCAUCUGAAGAAGUGCAAGUUCAAUACUGUGGAGAGGCGGGAGGAGGCAAUCCCUUUGCCUUGCAUGUGUGUGACAAGGGAACUCACUAAAGAAGGACGAUCGCUGCGCUCAGUUCUAAAGCCAUUAAUAUAAAACGCAGCUCCAUUAUUCCACCAACCUCAUAUGAGGUGAAGCCCUCCAUGACACUUUACCAAUGUCCCGCGCACAACUUCAACAGAAAAUCCACUUUCACUGUAAAUAUGAAAUAAUGUUUUGAUGAUAUAUAUAACAUCAAAACACUAUUUUUUUAUAUAUAUAUAUAUAUAUAUAUAUAUAUAUAUAUAUAUAUAUAUAUAUAUAUAUAUAUAAUCUCAUAUGGAUGGAUGGGCUUCAGUGAGAUGGACUCAUUUUCCUGUAACUCACUGAAGCCCAUCUAUUAUUCUAUAUAUAAUACGUGGAUGAAGGCUAUAUUUGUAUCUUGAGCCAUUCUGGAAAAAACAAAGCGGCGCUGUGGUGACGUCGAAAUGGCAUAUUCCUAUAAAACAUUAUAUUGUGGGUGUUGUCAAGUGCACAGGAGUCAAAUAUGGGUCAGUGGUCAAGUAUAACCUAGAGGAAAAUGGCUUUUGACGUCACUAAUGCUGUAUUAUGCCUUUUUUUUUCUGUGUUUGCAAAUAUAGCCUUCAUCCAUGUGUGUAAUAUAUAUAUAUAUAUAUAUAUAUAUAUAUAUAUAUAUAUAUAUAUAUAUAUAUAUAUAUAAUGAGGAGCCUUAAUGUAUGAUAUAACAUUGAACUUGCUGGACAUGGUAGAGUUCUUUAGAUUUGUAUCUUUAUUUUACGUUUCCCUGUGGGAUUCUUAUGUCUGUAUAUUGAACUAAUAUCUUGCAUGGUUUGCUCUUCGAUGCCCUUUUUGUGGGUAACUUUAAAAAGAAAAACUAUUCUUGCACACAGCAACAAGCAACUCGAGGAAACAUUUUUUGUUUGUUUUGCAUCCUGACCAAACAGUAAGUUUUAUAUAUCAUAAGUGAACAUAUUUUACCAUAUAUUUAAUGCAUGUAACAUUUUUACCAGCCAUAUCUGGUCUUCUGAUAUAAAGUUGAGUCUUGACACAUUCAGGUUUAAAGAUGAGUUUGUUUAUUUCAGUGAUUUAUGAAAAUACAAGUGGGAAUGAAAUCAUUCACUUUAGUAAUAAAAAAAAAAAAAGCUGCUUGUGAAGAUUAUACUUUUUUGUCACAAAGGAAAGCUUGCAAGAUUUUUUUUUUUUCACAUUUUAUAGCAAUGUAAUAUAACCAGAAAUAAUUGUAUAAAAUCUUAAUAUGAGAGUUCUGGACUGCAUAUGAAAAAAAAAAUAUAUAUAUAUUUUAUUGUAAAAACAAAAACAAAAAUUAAAUACAAGUCUAGUGUCAAUAUCACUUUUAGCACUUUAUUCUUGAAGUGUUAUUUUAAGUUUACUUUUAAAUUUAAUUGUGCACUUGUAAAAUCUUUGACACCUGGGGGGGAAGAAAAAUGAUUUAUUUUCUUAAAAACAACAAAAAAAAAUCACUACAUUCAGUUUUUUUUCACAUUUGAAUUCAUUUUCAUAAUUUCUAUUUACUUUACAAGUUUACAAUAAACAAAAAAAAAAACAGUACGACUAGCUAUUUUAAUACUUGGCCCCAUUUCACAGUCAGAAAUGUAUUUUCAUUUAAAGCUGUAGCUUGUUACCAUAGUACCGUGGUUAAACUCACUUUAAAAUAAAGGAAUAAAAACAUGUAGUAGCGCAUUUGUGCAGUCAGAACGUAAUGCUUCUUGAUGGGAGUAGGAGUGGGUUAUAUGGAGCCAAUAUCUCUUCACAGUAUUUCUGGAACACGUGUGUAAAGCAUCUUUUGUUUUGGUAUUAGGGCUGCGUAGUAAAUAAAACUACAAUUAUGAGACUUCUGGGAAGAACUGUGGCCCUAAUCAAUGUUAUGAAUUAUAUGAGUGGAAACUUCAUGUUACAUAGUAUCAGGAGCUGUAACAAUUAUACACCUUGAAGUAUUAUUUUUUUGUGUUACUAAUUUGAAAAAGAUGAUCAAUAUACACUGCCCCUGAGCUGUUAAAAUUGCAUAGUGGGUAAGAACAUCUUAGGAAAUUACAACUUAACUACAAUCUGUCUUAAUGCAUUUUGUGCAAUAAAAAAGUAAUACACUCUUUACUUCAUACCCUUUGUGCAUGGCUUGCCUUUCAUACUAGCCUCUAUUAUUUAAAUAUUAAACUACGACACAUGUUAAAGAAUGACAAGUGAAAUGACAACGGUAUUUAAAUUAAUGAUGGUGACAGUAAAGUUUCUACCACAUUAAUUGGUACUGGAGCUGUCAUGAGGCAAUGACAAGCCAUUUUUGCAGUGAACAUGAUAUUACAUUUUCUCUUGUUAAAGAUCAGGGAUUUGGUUGACUAGACAUUAUUUUUCUGGGUGUGCUGAUUUAUAGCUGUUGGGCUGUGUAAGGGGAUGAAACAACGCACUGCAAUGUUAAUUAUUGUAUUAUGUAUUGAUUAGAUUAAGUGAUGCCCUUCUUGGACACAACAAUGAUUAACAUUUCUUUCACAUUUGGCAAAUGUGUGGUGUAAUUUGUUUUUGUUUGUUAAUCAUAGAAUUAAGCUUUGUAACAUUGAAUGAGAAUUGUUGUCGUUCCUUGAUGUUUUAAGUAAUUAAUUGGCAACAGAAAAAAGUUAUUUGAUUUAAAUUAAAAUAGGUAUAUUUAGUUGAACUAUGAAGUAUGGUGAAGGUAUACAGUAGCAUAUACCAUUUGUGUGUGUGUGUGUGUUGGGGGGGGGGGGGGGGUUUGUAAAGUGUUCUUUAUUAAUUAUUGUUUCAUGAGAAUAAACAGUAUGGUAAAGAAAAAUCACCCACACAACUCAAGCACUAUAUCCACAGAAGAAAUCUGCUGUUUGCUCCUAAGGGAAACUUGCACUACUGGCAUCUAUAUGCAGAUACCUAUCGCAGUAAAAAAUACAGUUCACAUACUUGCCAAAUCAUUAGCAGAUUAUAGGAUGUAGUCAAUACUGCCCGGUAAGGAACACUGACUUUAAAACAUGUUUAUCUGUCCUGUUGUGUUAAAUCACUUCCACUAUGAUGUAUCAUAAUUUUAAAAAAUGCCCUUAAAAAAAAUCAAAGGUCAUGUUAAUUUCCUCUGAAUACAACUUUAUAUCACUGGGAUAGCAGUUAUCAUUUACCCUACGUGCCUCCUGCUCGGUGGUCUGCAUAGAACAGUGGCUAGUUGUGUGGUUCAGUAACGCAGAAUGUGUAAUUCUCUGUAGGUGGUCUUGGAAACCACUUUGUACCAAUUGUUAUAUGUAAUCGGGGAAUAGUUUUGUCAAUCUUUAAACAUCCAUUAUAUGACCCUGUUAUGCUUGUUUUUAGUUUCUAUGGUAACAUUGCAAUAGUCCAGUAUAAUUCUUGUACCAUCCUUGGCAUUCAUUUAUCAGUUUGAUUAAUAAUAAAAUGUGCCCUUUUCUUUUA